AUGGAUGGUGCCUACGGCGUCACACAAUGUGGCAUUCCGCCGGGUUCUUCAUUCGUUUACAACAUCACCAUCCCGAACGACCAGUUUGGGACAUUUUGGUAUCACGCUCAUGCAGGUUCUGCCAGGGCCGAUGGGUUAUAUGGUGGACUGGUGGUUCAUGAACCAGUCAAGUCAAUAGUUUCUGGCUCGCAUCCAUAUGACAAAGAGGUGUUACUUCUGAUUGGAGACUGGUAUCACCGAUCGGCAGAUGAGGUCAUGUCAUGGUAUAUGCGUGCUGGAUCUUUUGGGAAUGAUCCUGUUCCGGACUCUUUAUUGGUCAAUGGUGUUGGCCAAUUCAGCUGUUCCAUGGCAGUCCCUGCCAGACCGGUGGACUGUGUUCAAAAAGAGCUUGAUUCUGUCUACUUUGAUUCAUCGAACGAUACUUCUUACCUGUUACGAAUAGUGAACACAGGAUCCCUCGCCGGAUUUACGAUUAUUUCCGAUGCUGAUCCAUUGUCAGUUAUUGCAGUGGACAGCGUGGAGGUAGAGCCACGGGAGAGUCACUCAUUCGGGAUUCUAUAUCCCGGUCAGCGCAUGGAUCUCAUCUUCGACGCGUCAAGCAAAUGGAAGCCAUCUGACUUAACCAUCAAACUAGACACAGAAUGCUUCAAAUACCCCAAUCCCGCCCUCACCCCUACUCAAAAAUUCUCAAUAAACUCUGGCAACCAUCUCCGUGGUCAGCUUAGCUCCCCAAACAUAACCCACUACACAUUUCUGGACAUACAUAAUAUCUCAUCUCCAGAACACAUUUUAUCGCCACUGGCACCUCAAGCAAACCUCACCGAAGUUGUCUACUCGAAAACCCAGAAGUUGUCCAUCAACCAUAACGUACCGUUCGGUUUCUUCAACCACACUUCUUGGGCACCACAAAGUGACCCAGCAGUGCCUCUCAACCGCCUUCCACGAGAGCAAUGGGACAAGAAUCAGCUCUUACUUUCUGUUCCCGACUCAGGAAACAUGGAACCCAUAUGGGUCGAUCUCGUUGUGAACAACCUAGAUGACACCGGUCAUCCUUUCCACUUGGCGCCCAUCGGUUGGGGCUCUUACAACCCAUUCACCGAAUCACAUCCCCCCGGUGCCAGCCUGGAUGCUUACCCAGACACCAACGGAAUCGAUCUUUCGCGCGCCAUGCUUCGAGAUACCGUAUACAUUCCUAGUCGCGGCUAUGCAGUUUUGCGUUUUCGAGCCGAUAAUCCUGGAGUAUGGUUCUUUCAUUGCCACAUUUUGUGGCAUCUUGCUAGUGGAAUGGCAAUGGUUGUGGACGUUGCGGGUUAUCCGACUCCUCAUGGUGGAGCAUGCCCGGUAUAG